AAUAAUUUUCAGUAUUAUUUUACGCGUCGAAAGAGCCUAACAUCAACAGGUGGUUGAUGCCAAUAUUUCAAAAAAAAUCAAAAUUCAACGGUACGAAUUUAUAUAUUCCAACUAUCGUUGAAAAUAAAUCAAAGCAAAACUUCCUCCUCCAGCAACAAAGUGCUUAAACUAAAUGUCAAAUCAUCAAGUGUUUACAAUAAAACAAAGCUAGCGGAAAUAUACCCGCAACAACCAGUCAGUCAGUAGGCAUUACAUCCACACGGCGGCAAAUACCAGCUUUGCAGUCAGCUGUUUGAGACGGGUCUGACCAUAAGCCAUUGCACACACACACACACAUACGUAACUGCCCACUGAGUUUGAUUAUUUGUUGGCGUUAAUUGUUCUGUGAAAGAAUAUCUGAAAUACACUAAACUCAAUCUGGUAUUUGCACAUUCUCACUCAAUCAAUCCGGCAAUCUGCCAUUCAGUCAACCAGACCGCCAUUAUUCCCAUCAGAAGUUGUGCUGCUCACUCUCUUUUGUUUACUUUUUGGCCUUAUGGUUGGACUUUUUGUGUGUAUGCGAGUGUAGUCAAGUCAAAACAUCGGAAAGUCUGAACGCUGCCAUCGUAUGGAUCGCGUUGCAUCAGCUGGUUGUUUGCCUGGCUAGGUCUGGCGGUGUCUGCAGUCAUGGAAUCGUGACCAUCGCGCGCACAAGUAGAUCCCCAUACGUCAUAACGCACGCUUCGCUCCCAAACGAGUUCUAAAAUUCUAAAAUCAAAAUCAAUUGAACAACCAACUAAACAAACGCAAAAUAGUGUAAAAAUAAAAAGCAAAUAGAUACUAGUGUUGUAAAAUAUGUGCAAAAGAACAGCAGCUGUUGCUACCUGAAGACCGAUAACAAGAUUUGCGGUCAUUGGUAGUGCCUUCGGUCGGUCUCUAAUUAGUCGUUGAAACUCAAGAAACAGAUCUCAUUUGGACUUACGUGAGUGGCCAAGUAACCCCUGCUUUGGUAUAAUCCGAACCAUAAAAUUUGACUAUUAUGAUUUUGUCAAAGAUACGGGAUAAGUGAAAACAAAAUUUGUGACAUCAUCAGCAACGAUUGCUGUUUGAAUUGAAACGAAUUGUGUAAGAAACAUCGUUUGUUCAGGAGUCCCAAGGCCAGCUUUGUUAUCGUUACAAUCAGCCGCUCAACGGCAACGGAAGUAAAAUAGUGACACACGCCUCGACACCCGAUCACAAAACGUAAAGCCAACAAACAGACCACACGAUAUAUCAAUACAAAAUCACCACCCCCCACCCAAACCCCAAUCGCCCCUAAAACUAAACGAACAAUACAAAACAACAACAAAAAUGUGUAUACCAAGUGAAAUAGUGUGAUCGAUAGAAUAGAAAAGAAAAAACAAAGAACGAAAGUCGUGGAUUUUUACAAAGCAAAUCUAAUUUGAGUUCAAGUGCGUUCGGUCUUAAAUAAACACAACAACACAAAUAAGCAUACAAACGACGGCAACAACAGCAACACACAUCACAUAAUGAAGCCGCAAGCUACAACAAAGAAAGUGGCUCCCGAUGGUGGCUGGGGUUGGGUUGCCUGUUUCGGUGUCAGUUUGGUCAAUUUGGCCACACGAUCAAUAGAACCCUCAUUUGGUUUGCUGUUUGGAGAUUUAUUGCGUGACCUGGAUGUAGGCACCACCGGCGCAGCUGUGAUUAUUAGUACCUUGGAUGUAUGCAUGAACUUUUCAGGCCUCUUCGUAGGGCCUCUUCUCAAAGAGUUCUCCUAUCGUAAGGUGGCUAUCGCAGGUUCAAUAUUAUGUGCCUUAGGUUUGGCUUGCACAAGUCCGGCUAGCAGUAUGGCCCACAUUAUCAGCACUUAUGGAGUCAUCAACGGUAUUGGCGUGGGUCUGGCUACUUCGGCGGCCUUCGUAGCUCUCAACCACUAUUUCAAGUACAAAAGAGGUCAAGCGGUAGGUCUGUCAAUGGCUGGAACAGCCUUGGGCAUGUUGAUCAUGCCUCAGCUGGUGCGCGUUCUGCUUGAGGCUUUUGGAUUUAGAGGUGCCGUUUUGUUAUUGGCUGGUGUGGCAUUGAAUGCUACGGUGGGUUCAGUGCUGCUGCAACCGGCCAAAUGGCAUAUGAAAGAGGAAAAGGUAGACGAGGAAAUGAUGGUUAUUGCCCCCAUUCCAGAAUUCAAGGUCAUUCACGAGGAUGGAACUGAAGAAGACGCCUUGCCUGAAAUGAAUACCCUGCUGUUUAACAAACACAAUCAACAGCAAAAUUCAAUGCGCAAAAACUACUCGGAGAUGGCAAUGAACACCAUGAAUGGCUCUCGCCUGGGGCUACCCAAAAGGCCAACAUUUCCGCGUAUUAUGUCUUUGGCCGGAGUACAGACUGCCGAGAACAGCUAUAUGUCCAACCACGAUGUCAGUAUGGCUCUGCGGCAUCGGAAACAUUCGGUCACCUCCAAUCUGUCAUACAUGGACUUUACAGGUUCCAUACUACAAGUCCACAUGAAUGUGGGCGAUGAUGAAUUCGAGCAGAACGAUCGUGAACUGAAGAGGGUCAGUACGGCCACCGGCACCAUAAUGGGCGGGCACCGCGAUUCAUUUAUAAAAAUGAAACCUACCGAAGUGGAUAAGGCGGCUGCUGAUGCUGGCCCAGCUGAACAAGUCAAAAAACCUGGUUUCUGGGCCAGAUUUGCCGAUCUAAUGGAUGUUGAUUUACUGAAAGACAAAAUGUUCCUAAACAUACUGUUUGGCCUUUCAAUAUUCUAUGUGGCCGAGAUGAAUUUCAAAAUGGUUACACCCUUCUUCUUCGCCAACUUGGGCUACAACAAGAAAGAUGUGGCCUUUUGCCUGUCGAUAACCGCCAUUACAGAUAUUGCCGCCCGUAUUGUUCUACCGCCAAUCUUUGAUCGGACCAAUAUUAAGAAACGCACCGUCUUCCUGGUAUCCAUUAUAUUUGUAGCCAUAACAAGAUCAAUUAUGGCUGAACAGACGGAUUGGACACAACUCAUGAUAUGGCUGUCGAUAUGUGGUUUCUUCAGAGGCUCGGCACUCAGUAAUUUCACUCUGACAGUUUCUGAGUACUGUUCUUUGGAGAAACUACCUUCAGCUUUUGGCUGGCAUUUAGUGGGCAAAGCUCUAUUCGUCAUUUGUUUCGGUCCCCUGAUAGGGCUGAUCCGAGAUGUCACCAGCAGUUAUCCCAUUUGCAUCCAUGCCCAGAGUGUGUGUAUAUUCCUCUGCGGCAUUGCCUGGUCCAUAGAGUACUUAAUCGAAUACUCUCGCCGCAAAAAGAUCCAAAAUGCUGAAAUCGAUCCAGCAGCCACAGCUGCGGCCGACAAACAAUAGUACUGGGGGCAACCUAAUAGCAUGGGUCCUAUUAAGUUAACAGAUGUUCUUAGAUGUAACAUUAGGCCAAUUUAUAUUUUUAUAUGAACAAGAAAAAAACUCUAAAUAUGUCAACGACACUUCCAUAAUAGCCUAGCAACAAAGGCGACUGUAAUAAUUACACCUAUUGCCCUUCAAGCUGAUGUGAGCCAAUAAUCCGACAUUGAAUAUUUGGCACACUUAAAUCAUCCCAAGUUUUCCCACAUGACUAACAGACAAACAUGCAUGCAUGUGUAUGCAUUAUAUGCGCAGUAUACAUACAUACUUAAUUUAAGAUUAACAUUAAUGUAGAUUUGUAUGUGAUAGUUCAAAAUUUUUUUCAUAGUUAUUAGAGAAACAAAGCUCACCUCACCUCACAUCUAUACCUACCUUCAUACCCACCCAGCCGUGUGAUGGGUGGGGGGUCACAAACAUGUAGGUAUAAUUAUAAUACCUACAUGUUUGUGACAUUCUCACCUACUUAAUUACUGUGCGGAAUAUAUCGAGAUAUCCACUACACAAGCUACGCUGGCAAGACAUUAAACAGGUAGGUUAAUAGCUGCAUUCAUUGAGGUUUUUGAGGAAAAUUAAUCAUUCAGAGGAAAAUAUUCGACAAGAAGGAGCAUGUUAAGUUUGUCCAAAGAUACCCCGAUCUCCACCAUGGAUCGCAUUUGCAUAGUUCUUUGCCCGGUAUCUCUUUAUAAGCCAAUAAACGAUAGUGGAUUAUAAUUGCCUUACUCCUUUCAAAGUUAUCGUGCUUUCCACUUUAUAUACUUUAUGGGGUCAUAGAUCACAUCCUAUGGUGGAGGGUACUAUAAAAAUCUCAUAACUAAUAGCUGCAUUACCACUCAUCGUUGGGCGUUUGCUUUGUGAGAUAAAAAUCUUAUUUGGUAAUUUAUUUCAAUGUACGUGUUUGGAGUUUUUAUUUGGUUUGUUCUUUAAUUGAAUUUUGGAAAUAAUUUCGAGCGGUUCGGUGAAAAAUUUGUUUCUGUAAUGCUUUAGCAAAUGCUACAAGUCAAAUUAAAGGAUAUUUCCGUAUCUAUCCUUUUUGAACGGAUUACAAGAAGAAAAGCUUUACGCUCGAAAAAAAUUUUUGUAGUUACGGCAAAACCUGCCUUUUACUUUGGGUUGUGAUCGUCAAAUUUUCUGCAGUAAUACUUUUGUAAAAGCCAACUGAAUUUAACAUGAUUAACCGAUCAGGUAGCAUUGCAAAUUGGAGUGUACAUUUUCCCUGACGAAGGCUACGACCCUACAAAAAAAAUUGUUUUUGCUUUCCUAUUUUACAUAGAUUUUAACUUCUCAUCAGAAAUAGUUUAUAGAUUUUCAGAUCGUUAGAACAGAUGAUAUAUUCAAUACCAUUUCCUUGCAUUGUUUUUAAUUUAAAUAAAUAUACCAAAAUCUCAUUUUGUUUAUAGAACAAACAUUUUAUUGAAGUAAAAUCGGAUCGAAUCUUAUGUAACUCUCCCCAUGAAUGGCAUUUGUUAUGUUCUUUGCACUAAUGUAUUUUUAAACUGAAAUACAAAGUUCAUUUAAGCUCAUUGGAUGCUCUCAGCAAGUCAAAUCUAGGCAUCUGGUUUUAUGGGUUGGAAGACAUUACAGAAGCCUUUGUCCACAAGUUUACCUAAUCGGUUAAUAUAUACGCCUUCUGGGGGCUGAAAAAGUCAAAUGGAAAAAUCGGUUUGGAUAUGGCUCAUUUGCCAUUCCCCUAGCUAUGCUAAUGUUGACGUCCGACAACGUUAAGUAGAGGUGGUAGCAUGCUCAAAUUAUCAAUGGAAACCGUAAGCAGCUGAGCCGUAAGCAGCUUUCUGUCAACGAGAACGAAAAUUGGCGCGAACUAGUACCAUACACAGAAUCAGAGUUGCACAAAUCACUGAUUUUGGCAAAUAGUGCAGUCAAUAUUUUGUUGUUGGACAACUGCCACUACCUGUAACUGAAUAUAUCUUGGUAGCAAGACUGUUAAAGACAAACAAAUCACCACAACGUGACAGUAUGAGUUGUAAAAAUUUAACAAUAACAUUAUUGUUUUUAAUGUAGGGCUCUAUUUUAAAUUUAUUUGUUUGUUAUCGUAGUUUUUUAUUACCGCUAUUCACAAAACUUAAUGUGCUUAUUUCGUUAUGUGAAUAAGUCCGUUUAUCUUUAAACGUGUAUACAAUGUUGCCCCUGAGGAGACUCACCUGCAUACUGUCCUUUUUUAUUGGGUUUCUUGAAGUGGGUGGGUGCCUUUUCAAUUUGUUUCCCUUGCAUCUUAUUUUUUGUCUGAAUUUUAUUUCCAAGAUCAACCUCCAAAAUUGCUACCACACCAUGUAGCUACUAUGCAGGAAUUUUUGAUAUGUCUUUAAAAAACAGUUCAAUUGGAAGUAAGCAAUUUUUGAAAUUUACUACAAAUUGGGGUGCUUAAACUCCAUUUCGUUGCAAAUCGGCGGACUUUUUUAAUCGGAAACUGUGAAGGGUUUGAUGGAAGAAUAUGAGCAUGAAUGGAUCAUAGUAAAAAGAAUUAUUCAUCAUCAUUCACAACAACGAAUGCAGCUAAUUUAAAUGUUUACAUGAUUCCAAAGUAGCAACUAAUAUAAGUAAUACCACUAACUACCACAUAGUUAUCUAUACAAUUACCAAGGCUGAUGUUUUUCAAUUCUAAUUAAAAAAUUAUCGAAUUCCAAGAUUAAUAACACCGGUAAUCAACAUACUUAAUGUUGAUUUGAAAUAGGUUUAUUUGGCAGAUUUCCUUUAUAGAACUGUGAAAUAAAUCUUUAUUAAGACUGUAUUAUGUUUUGUGAAUAAGGCCGUUAAAUUAGGAAUAUAUGCAUGUUAUCUGAAGGUUCGUUAGGUAAUUUGCCAGUCAUGCGAAAAGAAAUGUGACUUACUCAGUAAAGUAUAACUUCACUGAAAAUUUAGCUUAACUAAAAAUUCUAGGAAGCAAAGGUCAUAUCUCCUUUCUAAUAAUACGUUUGUUGGUAAGCGUGUAAAAUAGAAAUCAUGUGAUGUCAUCAGUUAAUUGGAAUGACAAUACAAAAGGAAGAAGAAUGCAACAUAUCUAUUCAAUGAUUAAACGUUUUGGAAAACAAAAAAUAACAAUUAUGAACUUAGAGAAACAUUUGUUUAUAAAUCAAAUUAUCAUUUUUCAUAUUUGAUUUCUGAGUGAGUUUUGAUCAACGUUAAAAUUCAAAGCAUUUAGUGGGAAAACGUUUUAUUUGCCCGUAAGCUAGCGAAGAAAGAAAGAAAAGUCUUGGCAUUCAAAUAAUACCUUGAAGAGACAUUUACACCUUUCAGCUUAUAUGUUGCAGAUUCAGAAUAUGUAAAUGAAUUCCUUGAUAUACUCUGUCAAAUGUUUCGCCCAACAAUAUCUCUUCUCAAAAUUACAAAAUCGCUAAGAUAAGCAAUAAAAUUGAUGCGACAAUUGUAAAAAUACCUUUUAAAUGCAUAGUUUUAUUCACCACAAUUUUCAAUUGCAUACUGAGAGUAAGUCAUUUUUCUGCGCAAUGGAAAUAUCUAAAAAUGAUCAAUGAGCUGAAUAAACCCGAAAAUACCAUCUUAUAGGCCAAUGUUAUUAAAUUGAAUUGAAAAAUAUCAGCCGUCACAAUAUAUAUGUAGCUACCUGUGGAUAUAAUAGCACCAACAAAAGUAUUUUGCCAUACCCGUCCUACGAAGUCCUUUAUAAAUAUUGUGUUUCUCUAUUGGCUAUGAUAAAAUAUCAAAAAUUGGACAACAAAAAUAUAAAUAUUGCUUAAAAAUCUUAAAAAAUUUUAACGAAAUACUCGGACAUUAAAGUAACAUAUUUAAAUUCAAAAUUUUUAAGAAAUUAUUCAAAAUUAAUUUAAUAUUAUUAUUAAGCAGCAAGAAUGCUAACGAUUGGUGCUAUUUAUUUAAAAACAAAUGCAUGUAUGUAUGUACAAAAGUAAAUCAUUCAUUUAUUUAUAAAGUCGAAAAUGCUUAAUUGAAUAACGUUUAACUGAAAGCACCGCAAUUUACUCUACGUAAAUAAAAUACAAAUUAUGUUCAAUAAUGUCAACUCCGUUUAAAGAUCAAAUUUUAUGGUAAAAAUUUUUGCAUUCCACUUAUCCGAACUUCUGCUAAUUGAAAAUAUAUUUACUUAUCCGAACUUUGGUUAAAUAAAGGUUACAUAUUUCAAACUUAGCAUUACUUCAAGCUGAUUCGACUGCAACUACACAUUUUCAUUUAUACAUUCAUGUAUUGUAUGUUAUUCAUAAAAUGUUGUGAACAAUUUCAUGUAGAUAGGCCUAAACGAUACACUCACGUUGUACGUUCGGUGUAUUCACAAAAUAGGAAUUAUAUAAUUUUUUUUUUGGUUUGUUCCGAUUGUAUCGAUUGUGACAAACAAUCUUUUUUUUGCCAGUACUUACGUUUAUGUUGUAGAUAAGUGUAGCAUGUAGUUUUCUCUUUUGUGUUUCUAAUGUUUAAGUCCAACAGACAAUAUACCUACAUAUGCAUAAAACGCAAUGUAUGUGUCUUAAUAAGCAACUUGUACUCGUACAAUACUACCAGCAAGUUCCGAAACAUUGUUGUAAAAAGUGUAAAGAUUUACGAUAAAAACGACGUAACCAAAGUAAUCCAUACAAA